AUGUCCACGAAGGCAAUGGAGAGAAUCUAUUUCUUGGCUUUAACGCUCAGCUUUGUUAUGGGAAAAACAGUCGUAAACCGGCGUCCACCUGAGAUCACGAAUUUCACACAAAAGGAUUUAGUUAACCCAGAUGAUGUUAAAUCUGAAAGUUUUGAACUGCCUUGUGGAGCCGCAGGGACAAAUCUUUCUUGGACGUGGAAACAUAAUGAUACAGAGCUCACAUCAUUCAGGGGAUCACUGCAUUAUUUUCUCAAUAAAGAUGGCACUUUGAUUGGCAAAAAGUUAUCUUCCCAACACAGCGGGACUUAUCAGUGUAUUGUUAAGGAUAAGGACACUAAAAUUGAAGUAUUCAGCAGGAAAGUUACAGUCUUUAUUACAGUUCAUGGUGAAUUCAUCGAUAGCAGCAGCAAGAAUGUAACGGUUGACCUUGGAAAGCCUUUCCGACUUCAUUGUCCCAAACACACAGCGGGCUUUGGCACUGUAUACAUUUGGGUAAAACCAUCAAAUAUCCACUUUUCGAGGAACGAAGGACGAGGAAUAUCUCCAAACGGGACUUUGUUUAUCGCCAACCUUACCCAGAAGGAUAUCGACGAGGUUAACGACGGUGGCAUUAUGUGUCGAAUAAGGGCUGGAAGUACCUUUGAAGAUUCUGGAAAAUUAAGUCUUGAGAAGAACCCUCUACAGAAAGACCCCGGCACUCCUGUUACGCUUUCUUGGGCCGCUGUACCUGCGGUGGACGAGCUUGCCAUCGAGGGAAGACGGAAAAUUCUUUACUGCUUCGCAAAUGGACGGCCAACACCAGAAAUCACCUGGAAGAAGAAUGGACAACAGAUUGUAAAUGGACAGAAUUCCUUUGAAAUCCCUCGCCAUUACUAUGGCCAUCGUCUAAUUAUCACAAAUGUGAACAGGGAAAGUCACCAAGAUGUGUACACUUGUGAGGCAAACAAUUCCCGUGGCAAUGUCUACCCCAUGGUCCGUACAAUCAAUUUGGAAGUGAAAGUUCCACCAAGAUGGAACGACAAUCCUCCACCAAGUGAAAUGAGCAUCAUAAUUGAUAAAAAUGAAACUAUUGAGUGUCAAGUGGUUGCAGACCCUGUGGCAGCAAUCCUAUGGUACAAGAAUGGUGUACACUUGCAGUCGUCAAGUGAUCGGAUAAUCGCGGAUGGAAGCAAAUUACAUCUCAGAAAUGUUAAUCUGACCGAUGAGGGUGUCUAUCAAUGUGCUGUGGAAAACCAAUACGGUAUGAUUGUGUCUGCAACCUGGGUUCAAGUGAAAGCAUGGAAACCAUCCUUCAACAAUCGCCAUUUUGGCCCUUUUCACUUGCUUCAUGGCCAUGAGGGCAGAUUACACUGCAACCCAAAUGCAGAGCCUCGCCCAAAAUUUCAGUGGUUUGUCAAUGGAGUUCAGAUCUCAGACGGAGCCGUUAACAGUCGAUAUAGGUUACUAUUAGACGGUAUCUUGGUAAUAAAGACCGUCGAUAAAGACAAGGAUGCCGUAAACUACACUUGCAAUGCUGUGAAUAUGAUGGGCAAGGCUUCUGCAACGACAGUUCCAACAGUGCUGGUUCUACCGUUUUUCGUGACAAAACCUAGAAAUCAAACAGUGCUUGAGAAAGGAACAACGGAAUUCUACUGCAAUGUAAAUGGCCAUCCGCUUCCUAACAUAACAUGGGUCAAAGAUGGAGUGACAGUUGGUAACGGGAGCACACUGAGGUUUGAAACAUCAUGGAGACGACUGUCUGGAAGAUAUUGGUGCCAUGCACAAAAUGGACUGAGUGUCGCUAUCAAUGCUAGUGCUUUUUUGAAUGUGCAGUUUCUGUCAUAUUUUCAAAGUCGGCCAGCUAACCAGUCUGUCCAAGAAGGUGAUGAGGCUUCUUUCCACUGCGGUGCCAUGGGCAACCCAACUCCAAAGAUCUCAUGGUUCAAAGACGGGAGAUCUGUCGGUACAGGAAACACAUUGAGCUUUGUUGCGUUCAGAAAUCGCUCUGGAGAAUACUGGUGUUCAGCUAAUAAUGGCUUGGGAUCGGCCAUCAACGCCAGCGCUCGACUAAAUGUACAGAAUGUCCCCUCUCCGCCGAUUAAUGUCACAAUAACAGACUGUAAAGACUCGAGUGUGAAACUCCACUGGGUACAAGGCCCUUCAACUGAUGGUGCUCCAAUCACGCAUUACCUGAUUGAGCAGGAAUCUGGUGAGGACCCUGUGGUUUUCAGCUUAUUGCACAACGUUAGCAAAUCGGAUGUAACGAGUAUGACCUUCAACAUAAGCUUGAGGACUUCGUCUCGUUUCCGCAUCAAAGCAGUUAACAAUGUUGGUGAAAGCCUACCCAGUUCAACAGUCAAAACAACUUGCCAGGGAACCAUUGGUAUGUAUGCCUCGUCAAAGAGAGUACAGACACCCACUCAGUGGAAUAUUGGUAACAAAUGGGUGAACGCCAGCAAGAGCUAUUACAAGGGAAAAGGGAAAAAAUACGAAGUUGGAAAACGCGAACGAGAACGCGGAUACACAGACGAAGCAAAACAAUUGGAGGAAAACGUUGAAGACGAGGAAACAAACAACUUAGCGGAGAAUGCUGAAAAGACACCGCUGUAUUCUGUCCAAGAAGGUGAUGAGGCUUCUUUCCACUGCGGUGCCAUGGGCAACCCAACCCCAAAGAUCUCAUGGUUCAAAGACGGGAGGUCUAUCGGUACAGGAAACACAUUGAGCUUUACUGCGUUCAGAAAUCGCUCUGGAGAAUACUGGUGUUCAGCUGAUAAUGGUUUGGGAUCGGCCAUCAACGCCAGCGCUCGACUAAAUGUACAGAUUAAACCUCAUUUAAUCACCACACCAAGGAACCAAUCGAAAGUUGAAAACAAACAAGUCACGUUCCAUUGCAAUGCCACUGGACAUCCAAUCCCAAAGAUAACAUGGACUAAAGAUGGGAGGACUGUGGGCACAGGAAGCAAGCUUACCCUAACCGUCUCUCGGGGUGACGCCGGAAGAUAUUGGUGUACGGCGGACAACGGUGUAAGUGCUGACGUUAGAGCAAGCGCUUAUCUCCGUGUCUUGUAUGUCCCCUCUCCGCCGAUUAAUGUCACAAUAACAGACUGUAAAAACUGGAGUGUGGAACUCCACUGGGUACGAGGCCCUUCAACCGAUGGUGCUCCAAUCACGCAUUACCUGAUUGAGCAGGAAUCUGGUGAGGACCCUGUGGUUUUCAGCUUAUUGCACAACGUUAGCAAAUCGGAUGUAACGAGUAUGACCUUCAACAUAAGCUUGGGGACUUCGCCUCGUUUCCGCAUCAAAGCAGUUAACAAUGUUGGUGAAAGCCUACCCAGUUCAACAGUCAAAACAACUUGCCAGGGAACCAAGACUGACAUUGGUGCACGCCAGCCAGAGGUAAAAAAAACCCACAUUUACCAAAAGGCGUGGUUUCUCAUUAUGUUGGCCCUUAUUGCCUAUUUAGUUCUGAUUUCAGCGCUUGCCUUGCUCUUCAUAAGCUAUUACAAGGGAAAAGGGAAAAAAUACGAAGUUAGAAAACGCGAACGAAAACGCGGAUACACAGACGAAGCAAAAAAAUUGGAGGAAAACGUUGAAGACGAGGAAGCAAACAACUUAGGGGGGAAUGCUGAAAAGACACCGCUCGAGAGAAGACAGAAUCGCAACUCAAGGCCCGUCUCCAAUUCAAUCAGCUUACUUGAAUUGCAAUUCAGAGAAGACGGCUCCUUUACAGAGGAAUACGGAGGGGAAGAUGAUCUGUUACAGGGAACUUUUGUUUGAGGGGCGCCACAGACUAGCUUAAAAUGUGUCACGCCACAGGUGACAUGCCGUAGAAGAUGACUGCGUGACGUGACUAAUGAGAAAGAAUUGAAACUCUUCAGGAUUCUCGUGAAAUAGUGUUGUGUUACCAUCAAUCGGUGUGACGGUGUAGCCACUUGCAAAAGUUGUCCUGAGUUGUUCUGUUGGAGGCUUAUUCGUAUCAUCAAUUGCACAUAUAAAGUUUUACGAAUCAAAUGCAUUGAAGAAGAAAAGGUUAAAAAAAGAGUUUAAGUAAUCGAAAUAUUGCUUCGAAAGUUGUAACGUAUGAAAACUGAAAGGAUGAGUUUGUACCAUCCAUAUUUCUAUAGUUAAGUAAAUUUUGGGAAAUGGAUUCGUAGAUGAAUGAACGUCUUUCUCAAAGUAAAACAUUUUACUCUGAGAAUAUCUUGAAGUAGAAAUGAAACGAGUAUCGAGCUGUCACAAAUUAUGAAAAAUCGAGAAGUAACACUGCAACUUAAAAGCCCGAUGUUAAGAGUAAAGUGGUAGCACGUAAAUAAAAGGAGAAAAAAGAUUCUCACGUCCUAGUAUUAGAGUCCAAAGCCCAUUCAGGUGAGUCAGAACUUGCCAAAAAAAAUUCUCGUCUAUAAGCAGGAACACAUGUUUGUUAAUGUUAGCACGUUUAAAUUGAAUUUGAAAAGAAUAACCAGGACUGUGUUAAUUUUAAUUGUACAUAGAUUCCAAUAGGUAAAGAGGUUGUAUGCGUUUUAUCUAUUGUUUACGAAGGGCUAGUUGAAUUCAUAGUGUAAAUUGUCUUAAACAGACAACGUAUAUCAGACAAAAAUAUCCAGGAAACUUAGAAUGUUGUAGUUCACAAGUGACAAUAGUUGGAUUAUUUAGUUGGCUGAUAAACACGGAAAGAAACAAAGUUAUGAGAGAAAUACAAAUAAAUAAAGUUUAACAUACCACGUAAAA